GAGCAUCCGCUAGGACAGGGCGCCACCAAUCCAUGUUCCAUGUGAAGGAGAAGAGGAACGAGAGAACAACCCCCUAAAGAGAGAGAAAGACAGAGAGAGAGAGGGAGAUCAAACGCGUGAGGAGGAGACGCCAUCACUUCCACGGGGGCGAGUCAUGGGCUAUGGGGGCCAUGGUGACCUAGCGUAAAUGGCUCCUCUUGCCCAGAAGCUGGUGCCAGUGUCUGCUGCUCAACCCUUUUCCUUUUCCUCCCCCAUCUCUUCCUCCUCCUCCUCCUCCUCCCCUCCUCCUCCUCCUUCCUCCUCUUUCAUCCCCUCAUUUUCCUUCUCCUCCUCUUCCUCUUCCUGCUGCUGCUGCUGCUGUGCGGGCUGUUCAGCCCCCCGGCGUGUUCAGCCAUGGGCCCCUGGAAGCUGGUUCGGGGCCUCCGGCAGCUGGAGCUCCACCGCCUCAUCCUGGCGCUCAUCGUCUUCUGCCUGCUCUCCAUGGCCUUCCUGGCGUACUACGUCAGCAACAGCCCCAAGAUCAAGGAGGCGCCGCCGCUGCCUUUAGUGACUCGCGGGAGGUGGCGGCACGCCUCGGGGGCAGGGCGUCGCCGGGGGUUCGGCGUGGGGGGGAGGGAGAGGUCAGCCAGCCCCUCAUCCCUCCCUCCCAGGCGGGCGGAGGAGCGGCCAGCGGUAAAUAAGCGGACCCCGCAGCACCGACCGGUGGUGCUGGUGUUCGUGGAGAGCAUCUACUCGCAGCUGGGCCAGGAGAUCGUGGCCAUCCUAGAGUCGAGCCGCUUCCGCUACCACACGGAGGUGGCGCCCAGCAAGGGCGACAUGCCCACGCUGAUGGAGCGCGACCAGGGCCGCUACGCGCUGGUCAUCUAUGAGAACAUCCUCAAGUACGUCAACCUGGACGCCUGGAACCGCGACCUCCUGGACAAGUACUGCGCCGAGUACGGCGUGGGCAUCAUGGGCUUCUUCAAGGCCAACGAGAACUCGCUGCUCAGCGCCCAGCUCAAGGGCUUCCCGCUCUACCUGCACUCCAACCUGGGCCUGCGCGACUACCGCAUCAACCCGGCGGCGCCGCUCCUCUACGUCACGCGGCCCAACCAGGUGGAGCCGGGCCCCCUGCCCGGCGACGACUGGACCGUCUUCCAGUCCAACCACAGCACCUACGAGCCCGUGCUCCUGGCCAGCACCAAGUCGUCCGAGGCCCUGGCUCACCUGGGCCCCCACCGGGCGCUGCACGCCACCGUGGUCCAGGACCUGGGGCUCCACGACGGCAUCCAGCGGGUGCUGUUUGGGAACAACCUGUCCUACUGGCUGCACAAGCUCAUCUUUGUGGACUCCAUCGCCUACCUGACGGGCCGCAGGCUGUGCCUCCCUCUGGAGCGCUACCUGUUGGUGGACGUAGACGACAUCUUCGUGGGCAAAGAGGGCACCCGCAUGAAGGUGUCGGACGUGAAGGCCCUACUGAACACGCAAAACAAACUCCGAGCCUUGGUCCCAAACUUCACGUUCAACCUUGGCUUCUCCGGAAAGUUCUACCAUGCUGGUACGGAGGAGGAGGACGAGGGCGACGACAUGCUGCUGACGCACAGGAAGGAGUUCUGGUGGUUCCCACACAUGUGGAGCCACAUGCAGCCACACCUCUUCCACAACGUCAGCGUGUUGGCCGAGCAGAUGCGCCUCAACAUGCUCUUCGCACAGGAGCACGGCAUCCCCACAGACAUGGGCUAUGCGGUGGCACCGCACCACUCUGGGGUCUACCCGGUGCACAGCCAGCUCUACGAGGCCUGGAAGGCCGUGUGGGGCAUCAAAGUGACCAGUACUGAGGAGUACCCCCACCUGCGGCCAGCCAGGCACCGCCGCGGCUUCAUCCACAACGGCAUUCAGGUCCUCCCCAGGCAGACGUGUGGCCUCUUCACUCACACCAUCUUCUAUAAUGAGUACCCCGGAGGCUCCAAGGAGCUGGACAAGAGCAUCCGCGGCGGAGAGCUCUUCCUCACGGUCCUGCUCAACCCCAUCAGCAUCUUUAUGACCCACCUGUCCAACUACGGGAACGACCGGCUGGGCCUGUACACCUUUGAGUCGCUGGUGAAGUUCGUCCAGUGCUGGACCAACCUGCGGCUGGAGACGCUGCCCCCGGUGGAGCUUGCCCAGAAGUACUUCGACAUGUCCCCCGAGGAGAGGGACCCGCUCUGGCAGAACCCCUGUCACGACAAGAGACACAAGGACAUCUGGUCCAAGGAGAAGACCUGCGACCGGCUGCCCAAGUUCCUGGUGGUCGGGCCUCAGAAGACCGGCACCACGGCGCUGCACUCGUUCCUGACGCUCCACCCAGCCAUCACCGGCAGCUUCCCCAGCCCUGUCACCUACGAGGAGAUCCAGUUCUUCAACGGCAACAACUACCACAACGGCAUCGACUGGUACAUGGACUUCUUCCCUUUCCCCUCCAAUGUCAGCACAGACUUCAUGUUUGAAAAAAGUGCCAACUACUUCGACAGUGAGGCGACUCCCAAGCGCACAGCCGCCCUUCUUCCUCGGGUCAAAGUCCUGGCCGUCCUCAUCAACCCGGCCGACCGUGCCUACUCCUGGUACCAGCAUCAGAGGGCUCAUCAGGACCCUGCGGCCCUAAACCACACCUUCCCUCAGGUGGUGAUGGCGCCUCCCUCUUCGCCCCCUGAGCUGCUCACCCUCCAGAACCGAUGUCUCAAGCCUGGAGAGUACGCCACACACCUUGAACGCUGGCUGCUGCACUACCCCUCCCGCCAGCUGCAUAUAGUGGACGGAUCCCUGCUGCGCUCCAACCCUGUGCUGGUGAUGGACGGCAUCCAGAGGUUCCUGGGAGUCACCCCCAUCUUCAACUACACACAGGCCCUCCUGUUCGAUGAGAACAAAGGCUUCUGGUGCCAGAGGAUAGAGGGAGGUCGUCCAAAGUGUCUAGGAAAAAGUAAAGGCAGGAAAUAUCCAGAAAUGGCCCCUGAGACGCGUGCCUUCCUGACGGAGUACUACCGUGAGCACAACCUGGCGUUGCUGCGGCUGAUGAACCGUCUGGGCCAGGCGCUGCCCACCUGGCUACGAGGGGAGCUGCAGAGCACCAGCUGGACCUGAGACCAACCCCCACACACACACACACACACACACACACACACACACACACACACACACACACAUACACACACACCAGCCCCUCGACCCCAACUGCUCCCCCUAUUGGUCGGGCUGGGGGUGGAGAGACAGGAGCAUGUGGAGGUGAGGGAUGGUGCUGUCCCCAAUCCUCAAGCCCUGGACAUCAUUUGACCGGCCUCCACCGAUGAACUACUUGAGUGAGUGUGUGUGUGUCGACAUCAAGUGGACUGCACAAAUAAGCCUUGGUGCUCAUGUGUGCACACACUCACGCACCCCCCCCCAGCCUCUCUCCCUCUCUCUGGCCCAGCGCUGAGAGCGUGGACUCGUACGCAGGAGUGGAGGACCCAGAGGAGCUGGGGAGGAACUCUUCAUCAUGUGGAUGUGUGUUGAGGAUUCCGGAGAAUGGGGGGGAUGGUGGUGUUUGCACAGACAAGCAGGAUGUGCGGUGAUUCUCUUCAAACACACAUACUGUAUACCGGCCCCUUAAAAAAAAGAGAAGAAAGUACGAAAAACACACUUCAUUUACAGGCCUUCUAAGACCGGACACCCAGACACCAUCACGUGAUGCCCAGUAGAGGAGCUGGACUGCAUGAAUGGACAGACGAUUGGAGUGUGUGUGCUGUGAGCUUCUGUCAAACACACACAGGUCCACACACACCUCCCCCUUGUGUUCACAUGUCAAUCGCACCUCUCUCAUUUCUCCUGAGGAAUGAUUGUAAAACAAUGUACAUUUUAAGAAAGCGUUGUAUAUUUUGGGUCUACAUGGAGGUGGGUGGGAGUGAUAGAAUGGCAAAAUAGAUGUGAACUAAAACUAGACAGCAGACCAGUGACUAUAGCAAAAACAGCAACUCCCAUUCUCUCUUUUUCUCUUUCCUCUCUUACUCUCUCUUUCCCUCUCUUUCUCUCUCUUUCUCACUCACUCACUCUUUUUCUCUCUUUCUCUCUCUUUCUCACUCACUCGC